GGAAGUGGUGCGGGGCUGGGCUGAGUCUGGGAUGAAUCAAGCUUUCCCACAGGGUGGGGACCUCCUGUCUAAAACACUAGCUGCAAUUAAAAGCCCUAUAAAAGAUUCCCAUCCUGCUGACCUGGUACUCCACACACCGUUUCACAGUCGCUUGCCUCACCCUGCCGGUGCAUUAGAGGGGCUUUUCAUCUUUUUUUCCAGCUUGACUUCGAAGAUGCCUCAAUUACUGCAAAACAUUAAUGGGAUCAUUGAAGUCUUCAGUCGCCACACCAGGACUGAGGGCAACUGCACGGCGCUGAGCCGAGGCGGGGUGAAAAGGCUCUUGGAGCAGGAGUUUGCCGAUGUCAUCGUGAAACCCCACGAUCCAGCCACGGUGGAUGAAGUCCUGCGCCUGCUGGAUGAAGACAACUCCGGGACCAUGGAAUUCAAGGAAUUCCUUGUCUUGGUGUUUAAAGUGGCCCAGGCCUGUUUCAAGACACUGAGUGAGAGUCCUGAGGGAGCCUGUGGAUCUCGAGAGUCCAGAAGCUGCCAGCCUGGGGCCUCCCAAGAGCUGGGGGAAGGACAGGGAAGUAACACCAAAGUGGGAAGGGCUAGCAGAGGUCAGCAGCGUGAGGAGAGCAGCCUUGGACAGGGCGGGCAGGCAUCCAGAGGGCCGGCCGGGACUGAGACUCAGACCCAGGACCAGGACAUUAGUUCUGCUCGGGUCAGUAGCUGUGAUGAGCAAUCUGAGUCCCAGAGACAGGAGACAGAGAGCCAGAAGGCAGAAGAGAGGGGGCCUGCAGGGCAGACCCAGACAGCAAGAGAAGACAGGAGUUAUCAGUCCAGAGAGAGGAGAUCAGAGAGGAAAUCCCAGAUCAGGGAACAGGACAGGGCCCACCAGACAAGUGAGACCGUGACUCAGACCCAGACAAGUGCCACCCAAACCCUGGGUCAAGACAGGGGCCAUAAGACAGGAAGCACCCAGCCACGGGAGUCCACCUAUGGCCAGACCAGAGGAACUGAGACCCAGGGUCAAGUCAGGAGCCAGAGGAGCCAGGUGGUAACAGGUGGACCUGUUCAGACACAGGCAGAGUCACCAUCUCAGAUGAACCCCCAGCCUGUGGAGCAGGACAGGAGCCAGCCAAGCCAAGUGGUAACAGGAAGAACCAUUCAGACACAGGCAGGGUCAAACACUCAGACCAGGGAACAGGACAGAGCCCUCCAAACAAGUGAGACCUUGUCUGGAACCAGAACUCAGACCCAGACAGGUGCCACCCAAACUCUGGGUCAGGACAGGGGUCAUCAGGCAGGAAGCACCCAGACACGUGUGUCCACCUAUGGCCAGAUUCAAGGUCAAGACAGGAGCCAGCCAAGCCAAGUGGUGACAGGUAGACAUCUUCAGACACAGGCGGGAUCAAACUCCCAGACCAUGGAGCAGUACAGGAGCCAUCAGGCAGGAAGCACUCAGCCAUGGGCAUCCACCUGCGGCCAGACUAGAGCGAUCGAUACCCAAGGUCAAGUCAGGAGCCAGACAAGCAACGUAGUAACAGGUGGACCCAUUCAGACACAGGCAGGGUCAAUCACCCAGACCCAGGAACAAGACCGAGCCCACCAAACAAGUGAGACCAUAAGUCAGACCCAGACAGGUGCCACCCAAACCCUGGGUCAGGACAGGGGCCAUGAGACAGGAUGCACCCAGCCACAGGCAUCCACCUAUGGCCAGACCCAAGGUCAAGACAGGAGCCAGAUGAGCCAGGUAGUAACAGGCAGACCCGUUCAGACACAGGCAAGAUCACAAUCUCAGACGCAUCCCCAGGCUGUGGAGCAGCACAGAAGCCAGCCGGCAAGUCACACAGGGACUAGAGAACAGGGACAGACCCAGACACAGUCAGGUAGUGGUCAAAGGUGGACACAAGUCAGCAACUAUGAGGCAGGAGAGGCAGUUCAAGGAGGACAGGCCCAGACUGGGGCAAGCACUGUGACAGAAAGGCAAGACUGGAACAGCAGGCACCCACGGUGCAGUGUGACGGGAGGGCAGGGAGAGAGAGAGCCCCAUCCCAGAGAGUCCACUGUGGUUGGUCAGGAGUGGGUUGACGACCACACAAGGGAGACAGUGAUCCACAGGCAGGACCAGGGCAGCCUGCAGCCCAGCGCUCCUUCAGCACAGGGCCAGGAUUCAGCGCAGCCUGAAGGGAAGCGAGGCAUUACAGUUCAGGGGCUGUAUUCCUACUUCAGAAGCAGCAAGCCAUGAGUGUACCACCCCCAGACUCUAAUACUAGAAGAAGGCAGCUGAAGAAAGAUUGGCUUGUCCUGCCCUGGCCAGUCCAAUUGGCAUGUUGGUGAAAAUCAGCUCUUAACCAUGGUUGUCUUUCUCGGUGACAUCAUUUCUGUAAGGUGCUUUCUGUUCUACACUCAUCUGUCUUACCUGCUUCCUUGUGCAGACCCUCUCAGGAGCAGGAAGACAUAGAAUAAGUUAUCCCUUUGUGCUAAAUUCUCUCCAGCUUUGGAGAGUUUUCAGGGUUCCUUUCAUCGCUGCCACCUGUGUAUUGCCCUAUCUAUCCUAAAGCAUCAAUAAAACCUUCCUAA